AUGGAAGGAAAAUAUGCGUCCGACCCCGAAUGGGCCUCCAUCCAGCCCAUCCCUCUCAACGAUGGCUCUGAAUCCGGUGCUAUGCCCCUGGCCACCAUCGCCUACAGUGAUGAAUACCUCGACGCAACCUCAUACCUUCGUGCCGUCAUGGCCGCCAAUGAAAUGUCUGAGAGGGCGUUGAAGCUCACUGAAGAUAUUAUCUCUAUGAAUCCUGCCCAUUACACAGUCUGGAUAUAUCGUGCCAAAAUUGUCUUUGCUUUGGAAAAGGACCUCAUCGACGAAUUGGAGUGGCUGAAUAGAGUAUCUUUGAAAUACUUGAAGAAUUACCAAAUCUGGCAUCAUCGCCAGGUUCUGAUGGCCUCGCGAGAGCACUUCCCUACCCUGCCACCCAAGGAGAUGGACUUUCUCAUGGAAAUGUUCGCUCAGGACUCCAAAAACUAUCACGUCUGGACGUACCGACACUGGUUGGUCCGGCACUUUGGGCUGUGGGAUUCUCCUCGUGAGAUUGCGGAUGUCAACUCUCUGCUCAACUCGGACUUGAGAAACAAUUCUGCUUGGAACCACCGUUAUAUGCUACGGUUUGGACCCCGCAGCGAGGAACCGGACGCUGGUAUGGUCCACGGCAGUGGACCGCCGGCCAAGAAGGGCCGACAUGAUGUUGUGGAUGAGGAUUCGGUUGAUGAGGAAUUGCAGUACGCCCAGGAGCAAAUCGUGCGGGCGCCAGAGAACCGGAGUCCCUGGUCGUAUGCUCGGGGCGUUAUACGAGCUGCCGGUCGGCCGCUCUCAGAGUGGAAGGACUUUACGCAGAAGUUUGUUAUUGACAAGCGCGAUGGCCAAGGCCAGCUUGUAGAUGUCGAGGUGAAAAGCAGUCAUGCUGUAGAGUGGCUAGCGGAUGUGUAUGCGCAAGGCGGCACCGCCCCAGACGAAGCCAUCCGUAUGCUGAACCUGUUGAAAGACAAGUACGAUCCUAUUCGGAAGAAUUACUGGAACUAUCGCAUUGAGUCGAUCGGAGGACAAGUUGCAGCUUCUGCGUGA